CUUCCCACCCACCCACCCUGGCUGACAGAUGUAGGAUCUCAUUCCCCUGCUCUGGGAUCAACCACAACAGGGUUAUUCUUCCUCAUCUUUCAAGAGUGAUGGCUCUUCCUCUACCACUACUACUUUCUCUCUGUCUUUCACACACAUCGUCCCCUCUAUGCUUGGAUGAUGUGGAGAUGUAACCCAGUUAUAAUGGAUCAUGGCGCUCCUGGUGCCCACUUCAGAGAAGGGACAAUUACAGAUGGUUCAAUAAAUUACACCUUUUCUCAAUUUCCCCAACACCAGUUGUGUUUCCCCUCUCCACUCUUCCUCGUUCUUUCCUUUCACUCAAGCACGGGGAAUGAUUCAUGUCUGAAUUCUUUCUCUUUAUUCCAGUCGGUGAUGGGAUGGAGAAUGACAAAAAGGAGGAGAAUCUACAGCGGGAAGGUCCUGAGCAAGUGGCAUCUCAGGGGACCUUGUCGGAAAGAUCCAAGGGGAAUUUUCCCCAGAGUUGCGAGCAGGGAAAAAUCUGGGGGAAACAGCACAAGUCAAAGAAGCGGCUGGGCAACCAACCGAGGAAAAGAGUGGCUAAGACUCUUAAUUGCGAGGAAGGAUAUAAAAGCCUCAAGGAAACCUCAGCCCAGAAGAGAAUCCAUGCAGAAGAAAGAAAAAACACAUGCACUGAGUGUGGGAAAACCUUCAAUCGGAGCUCAAACCUGAUUUCUCAUCGGAGAACCCACACGGGAGAGAAACCCUAUAAAUGUACGGAGUGUGGGAAGAGCUUCAGUCAAACCUCCAAUCUGAUUUCUCAUCGGAGAAUCCACACAGGAGAGAGACCCUAUAAGUGUAUCGAGUGCGGGAAAAGCUUCAAUCAGAGCUCCAACCUUAUCACGCAUCAAAGACUCCACACGGGAGACCGGCCCUACAAAUGCCCCGACUGUGGGGAAAACUUCAAUCAGAGCUCAGAUCUUAUGACGCACCAGAGACUGCACACGGGAGAGAGGCCCUACACGUGCACGGACUGUGGGAAAAGUUUCAUUUGCCGCUCAAACCUCAUUUCGCACCAGAGAAUCCACACGAGAGAGAGACCCUAUAAAUGCUUAGACUGCGGGGAAAGUUUUGACUGGAGCUCACAGCUUAUUAAACAUCAGAUCUUCCAUACGGGAGAGAAGCCGUAUAAAUGUUUGGACUGUGGGAAAAGUUUCAGCGACAGCUCCACCCUUAUUUCGCACCGGAGAAUCCACACGGGGGAGAGACCCUAUAAAUGCCUUGACUGUGGGAAAAGCUUCCAUCAGAACUCAACCCUUAUUAGGCACAGGAGAACCCACACUGGAGAGAAACCCUAUAAAUGCAUCGACUGUGGGAAACGUUUCAAUCAGAGUUCAAACCUUACCACGCAUCAGAGACUUCACAUGGCCCAGAAACCUAGGGACGUCAUGCAGGAGAACUAUGAGACAGUGACCUCGCUGGGAAACCCCGUUCCCAAACCUGAGCUGAUCACCCAGCUGGAACGAGGGGAAGAGCUGUGGGUCCCGGAUCUCCAGACCUCCGAGGAAGGGGAGAUCCCAAGAGGCUCCCAUACGGCAGGUGAAGGUACAGUGAGUAAGAUCAAGGAAGAGAAUCCAGAGCAGGAAAAUCCUGAGCAACAGGAACUGCAUAGGAUGUUAUCGGGAAGAUCCAAAGAGAAUUUUUCUCAGAGUGCUGAACAGGGAAAAGUCUGGGGGAAUCAGCCCAAGUCAGAGAGGCACAAAGGGAAAGAAGUGGGUAAAGCCGUUAAUUGUAGGAGAAGAUGCAGUAAUCCCAAGGAAACCACAGCCCAACAGAAAAUCCAGACAGAAGAGAGAAAGUACACGUGCACUGAAUGUUGGAAAAGCUUCAGUCGUAGUUCAAACCUCAUUGCCCAUCAGAGAAUCCACACGGGAGAGAGACCCUUUAAAUGUACCGAGUGUGGGAAAAGCUUCAUUCAGAGAGUAAACCUCAUUUCUCAUCAGAGGAUCCAUACGGGAGAGAGACCCUAUAAAUGUACCGAGUGUGGGAAGAGCUUCAGUAAGAGAUCGCACCUGAAUACACACACAAUAAUCCACACGGGAGAGAGACCCUAUAAAUGUACCGACUGUGGGAAAAGUUUCGGUCAGAGGUCACAGCUUAAUACGCACAAAAUAAUCCAUGCAGGAGACGCAUCCAUGAUAACCCACGGCAGAGAAAAACAUUAUACGUGCUUGGACUGUGGGGAAAACUUGAAGUGGAGCUCAGAACUGGUCACACAUCAGAGACUCCACACAGGAGAGAUCCCUUAUAAAUGCUUUGACUGUGGGAAAUGUUUCAUGCGGAGUUCAACCCUUAUCUUACAUCAGAGAAUCCACACGAGAGAGACACCCUAUCAGUGCCCCAGCUGCGGGGAGAGAUUCAGAUGGAGUACGCAGCUUGUGAAACAUCAGAUGCUCCACACAGGAGAAAGACCCUAUAAAUGCCCCGACUGUGGGAAAAGCUAUAGUGACAGCUCAUCCCUUAUUUCACAUCAGCGAACCCACACGGGAGAGAAGCCCUAUACCUGUGUGGACUGUGGGAAAAGUUUCAAUCAAAACUCAACCCUGAACAGACACAAGAGGCUCCACACGGGAGAAAAACCCUAUAAAUGCACUGAGUGUGGGAAAAGUUUCAGUCAGCGCUCAAACCUCAGUGUGCAUCAGCGACUCCACACAGGAGAGAAACCCUAUAAAUGCCCCGACUGCGGGAAAAGCUUCAAUCGGAGAUCAAACCUUAGCGUGCACAAGAAACUCCACGCAGGAGAGAAACCCUGAAUGAGGGAGACGCUACAACUGGGGUUCCGAUUUAUAUUAGGCCUCAGCAAAUCCAUACAGGGAAGAUACCUCUUAAACAUCCUGAGCGUGGAAAAUACUUCGAGCAGAGUUAACGAGCUUGUCUACCCUACAGAGCCUUGGCCGGGAUAGCUCGGCUGGCAGGGUUACCGAGUGGAUAAGCAGCGCAAGCCAACAGAGAUCUUCUGCCAGACUAGUUAAAAAGCCUCCCGGAAGGAGAUUAGCUAAACCCACAGACCCACUAGCUGCGUCUACACUCAGAGUUUUGCCAGCAUGACUGGGGGUGUGUGACUAAGUGUCCAGCUGCCCAUCGCUGAGGUGAGGAUCUAGCAGCAGCUGGUUAGUGACCCUCUGGCUCUGCCUGGUCUAAGCAAACCCCAGGCAGAGGAGGAGAAGCCCCCAUCAGCCGUUCCUCCCUGCUGCAGCCCUGGCUGCUGAGCUGAUGGGUCACAGGUCGGGGGAAGGGAGAGAGAGAGAGAAACUCCUCCAGCCGCUCCCUCUGCCUGGCUGAAGUUCCUCCCUCUCCCUUCUCUUCCCAGCCGGGAUCCCCCUGCCAUGGAGAUGAGGAGAAGGACACUUGGGCCAGGCCCCAGCUUCACUCUAGACCCCUGUCCCUACCCUCAUCUUCCACCAGCCCCUGGGCUGGGCUCCCCCACCAACCUGGAGCUGUUCCCUUCAGGGUGAGUGUCCCUGGGGGGCUGGUAACUCCUCAUCUCCCCAAAUCUACAAGGGUGCUGGGCUCUGGGGGAUCAAAGGUUAAGAGACCAAGGAGGACAGGUUUUGGGAAUAGCUCUGGAGUAUUAAAUAUUGGAGCUGGGAAACAGGGGGAGCUGAGUGCUGGGGCUAUCGGGCAUUUGGGGAUCAUGGGAUAAGAGGCAGUGGAAGGGAUGGGGUUAGGGAGAUGAUUUCUCCUAUUCACACCCCUGCUCCUUCUGCAAUGAAAAAUUGACAGGGCCUGCUUUCCCUAGUUCCCCUUGUAGGAUCCCUAGAAAAGCCUAGAGGCCAAGGAAUCCCCUCUCAGCUUUGCCACCCUCAGUCGCUGAGUGUUUUCUUAGAUUAGGAAGUGUGGACGGGGAUAGCUAGCGCAUUUCCUUCUGACCCUGGCCAAACUUCCACCCCGUUUUCUAAUCCCGACCCACACUGAGCUCGUUUAGCAGGGUGAGUGUUAGUCACCGAGUUCCUGCUUCGGGGACACAGUGCCUCAUCCCCAGUUCUUCUUAACUUGCUUCAGGUCGUCCCAAAGGCUUCUUUGUUUUUGAAUAAAACAGACCGACAUAACUGAAUAGAUUAUAAAUGGAUUCGGGCAGGGAUAGAAAAAUGGUUUGUGUUAGCCUCUGUGUUACUUGAGACAGAGGGAUUCUCACCUUUCCCCAGGACCACUUCAUUCCCCUCUUCCCAGUUUUACCUUAAGAACUGCCACGCUGGGUCAGACCGAUGGACCAGCUAGCCGAGUAGCCUGUCUUCCGACAAUGGCUGACGCCAGAUGCUUCAGAGGGAAUGAACAGAAUGGGGAAAUUAUGGAGUGAUCCAUCCCCAGUC